AUGCACCUCACAACUCUCCUCACGGGCCUCGUAUCCCUCCUAUCCGUCACCACCGCCAUCCCAAUGGCAAGCGACAAACCAACUCCUACAUCCGUGUCCAAAUCUCUCAUCUCGCCCUCGAGCUCAGCCUCGGUUUCAGCCUCGGCUACUCCCUCGCCCAAUCCCUACGAGGCCUACACAUGUCCCAAGGGGAAGUACAAGUCCUGCUGCAAGUCUGUGGAGCAGACAAGCAACGACCUUAUCAAGCCGCUCGGCGAGUUGGUGCCAAUCGUGAGUGGGCUGGAGAUUAGCUCGGCUCUAUCAUUCGAAUGCAAGCACAUGGCCGAAAGAGACGCCCCUGAUACCUGCAACGGAAAAGGGUUUUCUCCCAUGUGCUGCAGUAACAAGAUUGAGGAUAGCGGAUUCAACACGUGCAAGCCUUUCGCGGAGGAAAAGAAGAAUUACUAUGCGAGUCAGAUGAAGAAUAAACCAGAGUCGAAUGUUGAUGUGAUCAUGGAUGUUCUCACCUGA